AUGCCUUCUAUCAGUAUUGUUUGUGCUGUUAUGCGCGCGAGCAUCGCCACACACUGUGGUCAAGAUUACACAGGCUUUGUCCCCCCUGCCGCCGAUACCACCGAGACUCUCGAGGAAGUUAGCACUCACAUGCAGAGAAGACAAAUGCUCUCCAUUACCUACCAAGCUCCUUCCGAAGCCGAGCCCUCCCUGUGCCGCGUCUUUGAGGCACCCGCUGCCUUUACCGUCAAGCCUUUCACCCGCCCUGAAAUGCCGCACACCAGCGUCCAAGCCUUGGGCCGCACUGACACCAGGCGCAAGAGGGUAGCCACUUUCAUUUAUAUGGCUAUAUCCGCCAUUGCCAAGGAUAAACAGUCGAGCAAUAAUAACAGCGGCAAGCACACGAACAGUGAGUUUGCCAGCAUGAUGGACAGCUGCAAGUCCCAGGUGCGCAAUUUGCAGGACGCCACAAAGAAUCCCGACAACAAAGCUAAGCGCAUAGCACCCAAGCAAGGAUAA